AUGAAUCUAUUGAAGCAUAAAACUAAACCUAGAACUCAUCAAGAAACUCAGAAAAGUGAAAUAAAUUGGAUGAACAGCUCUGGAAAUCCAAGAUUCGAAACAAGUGCUGAGUGCAAGUGUAAACAACUCGUGGAAGCUUUAAAUAAUUUCCUCAAAGCUUUUGUUAUUGAACUUUCAAAAGUCGACAUUUUCUGA